AUGCGCGCGGCCGCGUGCUUUCUCGAGGCCGGCCACUCCAUCCAGCGCGCCGCAUCGCACGCGGCGUCGCGCAGCAACGUCGUCAUCAUGGCGGACGAUAACACCGCGUUCGUCAUCGUGAUACUCUUCGCGUUCAUCGUCUUCGCGUUCCUCGUCGUGAACGUCGGAUUGUGCGUCCCCGCCCUGGCGGUCGCGCCCCGGACCCCGCGCGCGCGAUCGAGUUUCCCGCGUCGCGAUCUCGCCACCGAAACGACGAUCGAUCGACUCACCUUCCCGUCUCGCCGUCGCAGGUACUUCUACGCGAGGAAGGUUUUCCCCCCGAAGCCGCCGAAGAAGGUCGGCGCGAAGAAGAAGAAGCGCGAGGCGAUGAAGCAAGGGAGCCGGCAAGCGUAG